AUGAGUGUCAUGAAAAAACGUAAAUAUAAUGAUUAUAUCAAAUACGGUUUUGCUUCUAUACAAAAAAAUGGUGUUGACCAGCCGCAAUGUGUUAUUUGCUAUGAGGUAUUGAACAAUGAUUCCAUGAGACCUUCUCGUCUGGAACGCCAUUUGUGGGAAAAGCAUGGUGCAUUGAAAGAGAAGCUGAAGGAAUUUUUUGCUGUAAAAUGUGAUAAUUUGAAACGAAUGAAGUUGGACACUGCUGGAUCCUUCGCUCGGACAUCAGAAAAGGUACUGGAAGCCUCGUAUGAGUUAUCGCUACUUAUUUCAAGGACCAAGAAAAGUCAUAUUAUCGAAGGGACACUAGUCAAACCCUGUUUGUUGAAAGCCGCUGACAUUGUUCUUGGGUCAGAAAGCAAACAAAAACUUUCACAAAUACCACCUUCUGACAAUACUAAACUGAUAGGCGUAUGCACAGACGGCGCCCCAUCAAUGCUUGGAUGUCACUCAGGAUUCGUGCAGAUGGUCAGAAAAAAAAAACCUAGUGUUACUGCUAUCCACAGUGUAAUACACCGUCAAGCAUUGGCAGCUAAGACACUUCCAAAGGAACUUGAUGAUGUCUUGAAAUUGUGCAUCAAAAUCAAAGCCCGGUGUUCAUGUUGCAUUGGCUUAUCUGUCAGAUAUUUUGAGUCUUUAAACACAUUGAAUUUGAAAUUACAAGGUGGAGAGUCGAACAUAAUUUUUCAUCGGGAUGCCAUCAAAGCGUUUACUGAUAAGUUGCAACUAUGGAAACGUAAAAUUUUAGCCUGCUUUCCCAGAUUGUUUGGAAUCCUGGAAGAAGCCCGAUUUCAAAAAGAUUUUAAGGAUACUGAUACUAAGAGUAAAAUAUCGAACCAUUUGCAGCACCUCAUUGAUGAAUUCGAACGAUACUUCCCUAACAGUUGUGAUGAUAAAAUUUAUUAUAGGUUAGCGACGGAUCCAUUUCAUGUUGACGUGGAUGUGUUGCCAGACAGACUACAAGAGGAAGUCUUAGAAAUUAAAAAUGAUUCUGCAGCGAAGUAUGACUUUGAGAAGAUGGAUAAGCCUUUAUUUUGGGUGAAAUAUCUCACGGUGUAUCCCAGUACAGCAGAACAAGCACUGAAACUUUUCUACUAUUCAGCCAAGAAUUCAAAAUCUUGUAAAAAAUAUGCAAGCUCAUCCUUCACAUUGAUUUUUUUUUUCCUUGCCAUAUAUGUGUGUGGAAAUAAUAUUUUUAUAAUAAUUACGUCACAUUAUAAGAGAACUUGUUAUUUUCCUCCUAACUAUCCUUACAUGUAG